AUGGCUCAAGGUAAAAUGAAAGUUAAAACAAAAUUACCUGAUAAUGCUAAAGCAAAACAGGCAAAAAAUAAAAAAGGACCUGCUGUUCAACGUCGUGGAAAUGCUCCAAUUAAAGCCAAAAAAGCAAAAUUACUUGAAGCCCAUAAAUUAAAGCAGAUGAUUACUAAAACCGUCAACAAAGCAGCUGAAUCUGAAUUAAGAGAACGUGCUCUUGAUGGAAAAAUGUCAUUAGUGAAAAAAACUCCUGCUGUAAAAAAAUAA